ACCACUCCUAUAUCCCAGACCAAGCCCGAAAAUGUCGAGAACGAAGCUUGCUUUCAUUGCUUAUUUCGCCGUGAUGGCUUCUAUGGCGAUGGAUGCUUCAGCCGUGCUGGUCACAUUCAUCUUCGGCGACUCCCUAACAGAAGUCGGGAACAACAAUCACUUGCGGUACUCUCUGGCAAAGUCGAACUACCCGUUUUACGGCAUAGACUUUGAGGGUGGACAGCCAACUGGGAGGUUCACAAAUGGGAGGACCAUUGGUGACAUUUUUUCUGCAAAGCUUGGGGUUUCAUCGCCGCCGCCGUAUCUGUCAUUGUCACCGAACGAUGAUGCGCUUCUUCAAGGGGUCAAUUAUGCAUCUGGUGGAGCAGGGAUCCUCAACGAGACUGGGCUCUACUUUAUCCAGAGGCUAUCAUUCGAUGAUCAAAUCAACUACUUCAACAAGACCAAAGACGCGAUCAGCGCUAAGAUUGGAGAGGUAGCUGCAAACAAGCUCUGCAAUAAAGCCCUCUACUUCAUUGGCCUUGGAAGCAAUGACUAUGUCAACAAUUUUUUGCAGCCGUUCUUACCUGAUAGUCAGCAAUAUACGCAUGACGAGUUCCUGGAACUCUUGAUCUCCACCUUAGAUCAGCAACUCACGAGGCUGUACAAACUCGGCGCACGGAAGAUUAUCUUCCACGGGCUCAGUCCUCUUGGCUGUAUCCCUUCUCAGAGGGUGAAAUCAAAGCAAGGCCAGUGCCUGCAUCAAGUCAAUGAAUGGGUUCUCGCGUUCAAUGCCAGAGUGCAGAAGCUAGUCGCCUCUCUGAAUCAACGGCUCCCAACUGCGGGACUCACAUUCGCUGACACAUAUCAGGCAGUCCUAGAGUUGAUCAACAACCCCGCCAAAUAUGGAUUUAAGGUCUCCAACACUUCAUGCUGCAAUGUGGCAUCUCUAGGCGGCCUGUGCUUGCCAAACUCUAAGUUAUGCAAAAACCGCCAUGACUAUGUCUUUUGGGAUGCUUUCCAUCCCUCGGAUGCGGCCAAUGCAGUUCUUGCUGAUAAGCUUUUCUCCAGCUUAUUUUCCAGUUCCCCUUCCAUUGCACCGGCACCGGCAGCCACUCGCUGAUGAGGCAACUGUUGAAUUCGUCUGGGCUAGCGGGCUCCUACAUCAUAUGAGUAUUAGCAAAGUAAUGUAUCGAAAACUCGAAGGUCAAACCGAGAACAACUAAUUACAGUUACAGUUGCCAGUGUUAUGUUCGCGGAGUAAUAGACUUCAAAAAAAAUACUCUGUUCACAGAGUAAGAGGUGACUUAUACCCAAGGGUUGCUCCUGUGCUUGUAAUGCGAACAUAUGCAGCCAUUGUUAGAUAAUACAAGAUGAGUAUUUUGUCGAUGUUUCUGCUCCAGCAGAUUCUUGAAAAUGAUUUGCGCAACUUACUCAAA